AUGUACCCGUUUUUCCUUAAAUAUCCUUAAUUUUCCAUACAAAAUCUAUUAGUCAGUUUUGUAACGGUCCAUACAAUGUAUAGUUAACUGCGUUACAAAACGGACAAUUAAAAGUGACACACUUUUUAUUACUUAAAUCGAUAGUUUCAUGAUUCUGAGUAGAAAUGACCCAUAAUUUAGGUUAAAAAAAGUACAGUGUACACUUUUUUCUGAAAAUGCCCCUAUACGACCUUGGAACUAGCAUUCCAAUCUCCAAUGGCACCUUCCUAGUUCACAAGUGUUACAAAUACCAUUACAUCAUUAUCGGCAGAUAAUCCUAAUCUCAAAGAACAGUAGUAAUAGCAAAAGGGCAUCUUAUCAGCGAUGAUAAACGUCAGAGAUACAGUUAUUUUAUUUACUGAUAGUACAAUUUGGAUAAGAUGCGCGAAGUGGUGGACGAGUUUUGUGAACUUCUGCAGGUCCAUGCUAAUCGGGAUAAGGUAGUAUCCCUAGCAAGCUACGCCCUCAAACUAUGGGGUGCUCGAACGCAGAGCAAACCUCUACUAGGAGCUAGUGCGCGGCUGGCCGGCGCGCGCGCCACAUUGCGUCUGUUCGAUGAUGCCGCCGCGCUGCGUGUUGCGAUUAACUAUGGUUUGGGAAAACAGGAAGGUCCAUUCUGGGGCUCGCUAGGCGUGGCCAGCAGCGCUGUCACCCUGGCUUUUCUCCAGGCUGAGAAACUAGUCUGGCUGCUUGAUACAGGACUCCUCACUUUAUCCCAAGACCUGGACUACAAGCUGCGGACGGCGCACAAGACGUUAUGGUUUCUAAUCUCUGCAGUUGGGUUUAUUAGGUCUACAAAAGCUCUGCACAUCGCCGCAAACGAGCUAAAAUCCCCCCACCCCCGCAAAUGCGCACCCGCUCGCUUCACCCAAGCUUCAAUACUGUCUACAAAGUUGUUCCUCGAUGUAGUCCACUUCGGGUCCUGGCUGCCGAUUGGCUGGCUGUGGGGCGGGCGGCUGUCAUUGGAACAUGGUAGUGGCAUAGCUACGGCUUCAGCUGUGUUGGGGUUGGUGGCGCAUUACCAUGGCAAGAGGCUCGCAUCACGAUAGUUAACAUUUGUUUGAACUUCGACGCUGAGAUUAUAUUGCUGAAUAUUCGACAUGUUGCCAAAAUGUCCUUGUUGUGUUGCACUCUUUGAAUUAAUUGCCAAAUGGUGCUUUAAUUACAGGGUGUAUUACCUACCUGUACAUUUUUGGAAUAAAUACAUAUGUCCAGGUACCUACUUAGUUAUA